AUGCGCUCAACUGCAAAGUAUUCCACGGUCUUCUGUGUACUUGAAGUUUGUUCUAGCCAUACAUGGCUUGCGGGCUAUAGCUUCUAUGUUAUUGAAAAUUGGCUACACCUAAGUCUCAGCUCAAGCGACGCUUGCACAAACGAUCGUUUCAAUCGGCCAGGUAAAAAUUUCCAGCAUGAAGAGGCCUUUAACUUGGUUUACAGAGUUGGAAUCUGUUCAUUCAUUACGAGUGCAGUGUUGGGUCUCAGCAAAUGGCAGUUAAUAUGUGCUAAUGCACUCGUGAUUUCUACCUUAAAAAAAUAUUAUUUGCAGUUCACGAACGAUUUACUCAACAAAAAAAGACUGCUUCUAGACUGCUCUGAAUGCAAACGCAGUUGUGCUUGA